UUGGCGGUCAAGAGCGGUCAAGCAAUCAGCUGUGUUGUACGAUCCAAUUUGGACAGCAGUAGUUACGACAACAAUAAAUCACAAUUGAGAAGGAUGAGCGAGGCCGGCACCAACGCGGAUGCAGUGGCGGCCGAGAAGGAGCGCAAGUUCCGCAUCCAGGCCGCCGCCUUUCUGGGCUUGGUGGGCGGGGUGUCCGCUCUGUUUGGCUUCUCGCGCACGCUGGCCACCGCCAAGAAGACGGAUAGCAAGGUCCUCCAGCAGGCUGGAACCCGGCAAGGCAUGAUCCUGAUGGACGAAGGCGCCACCCUAGCCCUGCGGGCACUGGGCUGGGGCACACUGUACGCCGUGAUGGGCACCGGCGCCUUCUGCUACGGCUUCUGGAAGCUAUCCGGAGCCAAAGAUUUUCAGGAGUUCCGCCUCAAGAUGGGCAAUGCACUGCCAAGAAUCACCAAGGACGAACCACCAGCCAGCCGCACCGAUUUCGAGAGUCUCACGGACCUCAUGAAAUACCUGGCAGCCUGGAACAAAGAAUGAGCAGCUCACAAAUAUACACAAUUUAAGUUAAACCUAACGCCUAAAUAGUUCAGAACUUGAAACGAAACCUUUGUUAACUUCAGUUUACAUACAGCCAAUGUUUUCAAGAUGUAUAAUCGGUUUUCAUUACUUUUUGUCAGGCUCGAAGGCAUCCAGAAGUCAUGUGAAUUGCAACUUGGGGAAUUACAUAUUAGGGUAGGAAUAAAUAUAAGGCAAAGUCCUACAAUCUUA